GAUUCCGCUGCUGGCCGGACCGGUGGCGUGCCUCGAGAGGUACGGAAUACUUCGGUAUCCAGGCCCCCGUCGUCGGCCGCUGCAUGCUCUGGUGUAGCACCGGCGCCUGGAUUCGCAGGAUCUUCCCAAUCUUAUUUAUCUGCGCCUGCGGCUCCGUCUGUGAAGUCGCUGCGGGUGGAUUUGCCUGUUCCUGUAUGCUCGGAGACUGUUUCUGAGUACGCUGCCGCCUCUUCGUCCGCGGGUGCUUCUUCUGAUCCCACUGCAGCUUCCCGGGUACCUGUGUCUGCGGCGCCGGCCUCUGUGGGUCCCGGUUCGUCUGGACAGCCUCAGGCGGAACCAUCCUGUUCACCAGCAUCGCUAUAUCAGCCAUCGCAUGUUCGUCUGGCCCCUCUGCGUCCGGAAAAGCAAGCGUCGCGUGAGCCGAGUACGGUGGUUGAGGGUGGCAGUAACUCAUCUGCAGAUGAAGGGUUUUGGACAGCAGCAGCAGCAGCAGCAGCAGCAGCAGCAGCAGCAGCAGCAGCAGCAGCAGCAGCAGCAGCAGCAGCAGCAGCAGCAGCAGCAGCAGCAGCAGCAGCAGCAUAGUAGUAGUAGUAGUAGUAGUAGUAGUAGUAGUAGUAGUAGUAGUAGUAGUAGUAGUAGUAGUAGUAGUAGUAGUAGUAGUAGUAGUAGUAGUAGUAGUAGUAGUAGUAGUAGUAGUAGUAGUAGUAGUAGUAGUAGUAGUAGUAGUAGUAGUAGUAGUAGUAGUAGUAGUAGUAGUAGUAGUAGUAGUAGUAGUAGUAGUAGUAGUAGUAGUAGUAGUAGUAGUAGUAGUAGUAGUAGUAGUAGUAGUAGUAGUAGUAGUAGUAGUAGUAGUAGUAGUAGUAGUAGUAGUAGUAGUAGUAGUAGUAGUAGUAGUAGUAGUAGUAGUAGUAGUAGUAGUAGUAGUAGUAGUAGUAGUAGUAGUAGUAGUAGUAGUAGUAGUAGUAGUAGUAGUAGCAGCAGCAGCAGCAGCAGCAGCAGCAGCAGCAGCAGCAGCAGCAGC